UCGUCUGGCUGAGCCUGUGACCGUUGUCCAUUCCAAAAGCCAAAAGCUGCUGGAGAUUUCAACAAUGUCUCACCCAUCUUGGCUGCCACCCAAAAGCACUGGUGAGCCUCUUGGCCACGUUCCUGCACGGAUGGAGACCACCCAUUCUUUUGGGACCCCCAGUAUUUCAGUGUCAACACAACAGCCACCCAAGAAGUUUGCUCCAGUUGUUGCUCCAAAACCCAAGUAUAACCCAUACAAGCAGCCUGGAGGAGAGGGUGAUUUUCUCCCACCUCCACCUCCACCAUUAGAGGAUCCUGGUACUAUUCCACCUGGCCCUGGACACUUCCCUCCUCCUCCAACACUGGAUGAAGGUGCUUUCAAAGUGCAGGGAAAUCCUGGAGGCAAGACCCUGGAGGAAAGGCGCUCCAGCCUGGAUGCAGAGAUUGAUUCGUUGACCAGCAUCUUGGCUGAUUUGGAGUGCAGCUCACCCUACAAGCCUCGGGCCCCACAGGGCUCUGGCAGUUCAAUAGCCACUCCUCCAGUUUCUACUCCUGUCACAGGACAUAAGAGAAUGAUCAUUCCACACCAGCCACCCUUGACUGCAACCAAGAAGUCUGCAACGAAACCCCAGGCUGCACCCAUCCCAGUGACUCCAACUGGAACACUUAAACCCCAGCCUCAGCCAGUUCCAGCCUCCUACACUACAGCAUCCACAUCUUCAAGGCCCACCUUCAAUGUGCAAAGUGGAUACCCUGGGCCUAUGGGACCUCCUUCGGUUCCCCCAUCGUUCCGUCCAGAAGAUGAACUCGAACACCUGACCAAGAAGAUGCUGUAUGACAUGGAAAAUCCACCCUCUGAUGAUUACUUUGGUCGUUGUGCCCGCUGUGGGGAAAAUGUAGUUGGAGAAGGAACAGGAUGUACCGCCAUGGAUCAGGUCUUCCAUGUGGAUUGCUUCACCUGCAUUGUUUGUGAUGUCAAGCUCCGAGGACAGCCUUUCUACGCAGUGGAAAAGAAGGCAUACUGUGAGCCCUGCUACAUCAAUACACUGGAGCAGUGCAGUGUGUGUUCUAAGCCCAUCAUGGAGCGGAUCCUCCGUGCCACCGGGAAGGCCUACCACCCUCACUGCUUCACCUGUGUGAUGUGCCACCGUAGCCUGGACGGCAUCCCAUUUACAGUAGACGCUUGCGGCCUCAUUCACUGCAUUGAGGACUUCCACAAGAAAUUUGCCCCGCGCUGUUCUGUGUGCAAGGAACCUAUCAUGCCGGCCCCAGGCCAGGAGGAGACCGUCCGCAUUGUAGCUCUGGACCGUGAUUUCCAUGUGCACUGCUACCGCUGUGAGGACUGUGGUGGUCUUCUGUCCGAAGGAGACAACCAAGGCUGCUACCCAUUGGAUGGACACAUCCUCUGUAAGACCUGCAACUCAGCCCGCAUCAGGGUCUUGACGGCCAAGGCAAGCACUGACCUGUAGAGUCAGUAGCCAGCUCAGCUGCCGAGUGCAUGCCACCAAGAAGAACGCAACACAAGAAAAAGAUAAGAGAAGAAAUAGAAAAAUAGAGGCAAAGCUCAACCUCUGGGAGAGUCUCUGUUCUUCAUCUGCUGUUAACCUUGUCUGUAGAAGCACAUAGAUGAUACGAUUUGUCUACGUUCUUACCAAAUGCACAUUUCACAUUUAAUCAUGUAGGGCCUUGGUGAGCCUUUGUUCCAAGGACUUCCACAUUUUUGCACAGAUUAUGCUCCAUCCCAUUCACUUCUG